UCUGUACUCCAGAAUGCGUUCCUCUUCCUUUGCUGAGAACCUUUUAAUUCACCCUCGGCCACACCAAAGAUACGUGAAAAGCUACGCGGUCGCCGAAGCCGGGAGCUACUACCUCCAGCAAAGCCCAGAUAGGCUUAGGUAAUGCGUCUUUCAUAAGCGGGGCCGAGUUGCAUGCUGGUACAUUCCGAAGGUCCCAGUUUCCGGGGAUUUGCCUGCUGUGGACUACAUUUCCCAGAAGUCUUCACGUACAGAGCUUUUCAGCGCUGGGCGAGUUUGCCUGCGGGGAGCACUUGAAACGGCGAGGCUCCCAGCCGCCUAGGAUUUUCCGUCUCUCAUUUCCCAUAAGCCUCUGGGCCCAAACUGGCCACGGGCUCUGAGUCCUUUUCCGGUGUCUUCUAGGUUCUUGGGCGCUGCGCGGUGAGUUGUCCGCGUCGCAGGAAGUAGUCACCACCGGGUAAGGGCGGCAGAGCUCAGUCGACUUUACCGGAGCGGGAUUGGAACCGGCGUUAAGUCCGCUUGUGCUCCAAGAAAUGCUGGCGUCUCAUGAUUCCCCUUUCCCCCCACUGAUGUCGGGUUUCUAAGAAGGACCCCGAGGAGGAAAGAAUUUUUACAUAUUUAUAAAUCGAGGUUCAGACUUUAAAGCUGACUUACAUAAUUCGUGUUCAUUCACGGGAGGAUCUUGACAGUGAACGUGACUUAUUGUAGUGAUGAGCAACAGCCACAGGAUGUUCAAGAGCUGCUCUGGCUUUUCUGGACUUUGUGCUUCACCAGUAGAGGAACCCCAUGGAGCGUUAAUUAAUUCUUGCAAUUCUAGAGCCAUGACUAAUGGGUCGGUGACUUUCAGGGAUGUGGCCAUUGACUUCUCUCAGGAGGAGUGGGAGUGCCUGGACCCAGCUCAGAGGGCCUUGUACAUGGAUGUGAUGUUGGAGAACUAUAGUAACUUGGUCUCACUGGAUUUGGAGUCAACAUAUGAGACCAAAAAUACAUGUUCAGGAAAGAACAUUUUUGAAAUAAAAUUUUCCCAGUGGGAGAUAAAGGAAAGAAAUAAGACCCUUGGCCUUGAGGCAUCCAUUUUUAAGAAUAAUCAGAAGUGCAAAAGCAAAUUCAAGGGACUACAGGGACAUCAGGAGGAAUACUUCGGUCAAAUGAUAAUCAGCUAUGGAAAAAUGCCCACUUACAGAAAAAGUAAAUCUCUUACUGCACAGCAAAGAAUUCGUACUCCAGAGAAACCCUGUGUUUGUAAGGAAUGUGGGAAGGCUUGUAGUCAUGGUUCAAAACUUGUUCAACAUGAGAGAACUCAUACAGCUGAAAAACAUUUUGAAUGUAAAGAAUGUGGGAAGGACUUUUUUAGUGCCUAUAAACUCACUGUGCACCAGAGAUUUCAUACUGGUGAGAAACCCUACAAAUGUAAGGAAUGUGGGAAGGCCUUUAGUUGGGGAUCAAGUCUUGUUAAACAUGAGAGAAUCCAUACUGGUGAGAAACCCUACGAAUGUAAAGAAUGUGGGAAGGCCUUUAGUCGUGGCUAUCACCUUACUCAGCAUCAGAAAAUUCAUAUUGGUGUGAAAUCCUAUGAAUGUAAGGAAUGUGGGAAGGCCUUUUUUUGGGGCUCAAGCCUUGCUAAACAUGAGAUAAUUCAUUCAGGUGAGAAACCUUAUAAAUGUAAAGAAUGUGGGAAGGCCUUCAGUCGUGGCUAUCAACUUACUCAGCAUCAGAAAAUCCAUACUGGUAAGAAACCUUAUGAAUGUAAAGUAUGCGGAAAGGCUUUUUGUUGGGGCUAUCAACUUACUCGACAUCACAUAUUUCAUACUGGCAAGAAACCUUACGAAUGUAAGGAAUGUGGGAGGACAUUUAAUUGUGGCUCGAGUCUUAUUCAACAUGAAAGAAUUCAUACUGGUGAGAAACCCUAUGAAUGUAAAGAAUGUGGAAAGGCUUUUAGUCGUGGCUAUCACCUUACUCAACAUCAGAAAAUCCAUACCGGUGAGAAACCUUUUGAAUGUAAGGAAUGUGGGAAAGCCUUCAGUUGGGGUUCAAGCCUUGUUAAACACGAGAGAGUCCAUACUGGUGAGAAAUCCUACGAAUGUAAAAAAUGUGGCAAAACCUUUGGCAGUGGUUAUCAACUUACUCGACAUCAGAUAUUUCAUAAUGGAGAGAAACCCUAUGAAUGUAAGGAAUGUGGGAAAGCCUUUAAUUGUGGCUCAAGUCUUGUUCAACAUGAGAGAAUUCAUACUGGUGAGAAACCCUAUGAAUGUAAAGAAUGUGGAAAGGCUUUUAGUCGUGGCUAUCACCUUACUCAACAUCAGAAAAUCCAUACUGGUGAGAAACCUUUUAAAUGUAAGGAAUGUGGGAAGGCCUUCAGUUGGUGUUCAAGCCUUGUUAAACAUGAGAGAGCCCAUACUGGUGAGAAAUCCUAUGAAUGUAAAGAAUGUGGGAAGGCUUUUAGUCGUGGCUAUCACCUUACUCAACAUCAGAAAAUCCAUACCGGUGAGAAACCUUUUGAAUGUAAGGAAUGUGGGAAAGCCUUCAGUUGGGGUUCAAGCCUUGUUAAACAUGAGAGAGCCCAUACUGGUGAGAAAUCCUAUGAAUGUAAAGAAUGUGGGAAGACCUUUAGAAGUGGCUAUCAACUUUGUGUUCAUCAGAGAUUUCAUACUGAUGAGAAACCUUAUCAAUGUGAGGAAUUUGGGAAGUCUUUUACUCAUGGCUCAAGUCUUGUUCAACGUGAGAGAACUCAUAGUAAUGAUAAACCCUAUGACUAUAAGGAAUGUGGGGAAGCCUUUAUAUGGCCGUCUUACUCAAAUGAGUCAGUUGAUACUGGUGAGACCUUAUGAUUGAAGAGAUGUCAAAGAACAUUUUUCUGUGUGUGUAUGGACGACUUACAACAAGAAGAGAAAUCUUACUCUUGAGAAACCUUAUGAAUGUAGGGAAUGUGCAAAAGCCUUACCUGUGUAUGGACAGUUUACUUGAUACCAGAGAAUUCAUACUAGUGAGAAAUACUUUGAAUAUAAGGAAUAUGAAAAGGCCUUUAGAUUUCUUCACGAUCUUAUUGAAUGUCAAUUUACACUGAUGUAAAACCAUUUCAACGAAAGGAAUAUCUUUAUUCAUGGCACAAAGUCUGAUAAACAUUGGAAAAUUUAUACUCAUUAGAAAUAUUUUAAGGAAUGUGGAAAGACUUAUAGAUGAGGUGAACGUCUUAGGGUACAUAAUAGGAUUCCUCCAAAUGAGAAACCCUUUGGAUUAGAAUGUAGGACCGCCUUUAGACAAGUGCUGUUCAAAUUUGUCUAGAGACUAGUGCCAGCUGACAAAAUUGUUACCUGUCCAUCAUGAGAUAAAUGCACAAAAUGAGAGUGAAUGUUUGGAAACUUUUACAGCAAUUUGAUAUGAUACUGCCAUGGCAUCGUUACAUUUUACAAAAGUAUCAAUCAGUCCAUGAAUGAUUGGAAAUUAAAUACAAAAGUUUGCCCUUUUUCAGAAAUAAUUUGAGAGACAUCUACACUUUUAAAGACAUGAGACAAGUUGUGAUAUGAUUUAAUUAGAAUAAGAAACCCCUCACUUGUCACCUCUCUGAUUAGAAUAGCAGAGUAUUCAUACUAUAGGAUUUGGCAAAUGUGGGAAUCACAACUUCCUUAAGCCCAUAAAAGCAUAAAUUUAUACGAAGGUUGUUCAUUUAGCAAAUGUAUAGAAGACUUCCAACACUUCAGUCUGUUAAAUUUCAGCAAAUUCAUCCUAGAGUGUAACUGUUAAUAUAACAGGUAGAAAGCCACUUAUCCAUAGCCAAACCAUACUUGUCCUCACAUUCCACCUCCUUACUACCUGUGGAAUGUUGGGCAAAAUGCCUAUCCCCAGUGGGCGUCAUCACUAAAAUGCUGGUGAUGGUAACUAAUAGUGCUGUUGUAGAGAUCGAAUGGAUUUAGUGUGCAUCAGGUCCUUUGAAGAGCAUCUGGUAUGAAGCUUAUGCUCAAUAGAUAUUAGCUGUUGUUCUUACCCUCCUCAUUCGUAUUACUAGUGAAUUCUCCGGAGAGGAACACACAUUGGUAUAAUGAAUUUAAGAAAGCUUUUCAUAACCACUUAUUCAUUUGAAUUUCAGAUAGUUCAUUCUGGAUGAGAUUUAGGAAAACAAAGAACUUGAGAGGAUUUUUAUUCAGAAUUUAGCCCUUAAGCUGCAUGAAAAAUUAAGGCUGAAAAGAAAAGUGGAUUUAGCAAGUGUUAAGAUGUUGGGAAUAUACCUCUUGAAGAACCGGGGAGAGGUGUGAAGCAAUUCUCCUGUGAUAAAUUCCAAGAGACAGAAUAGAAUAUUUGUCCAAGUGCUUGCUGAUCCUUAGUUAUCUGUUCAUAUUAAAGGACAAGGCCUUAAAAACCUGAUUCAAGUCACAUGUGGUGGGACAGGAAUUGUAUCAGCAGAUGUACAUGUCAAGAAGUGCUAAAUGGAUUUCUUCAAGCUGAA